AUGUUUUUGAUGCAUGUAGAUGAUUUCUUGUGGGGAGGAAUAAAGAAAUUUGAAAGUGUAGUCAUUGCACAAAUUAGAAAUCAUUUUCAGGUUAGGGAACAAAGUAAUGCUAUAUUCAGAUACAUUGGCCUGGAUAUUGUGCAGAAUAAGCAUGGUGUCACACUUAAUCAAAAUGAGUACAGUAAAUCUCUUGAAUCUGUAACUUUAAGUGCUGAGAGAGGAUUAAAUAAGAAUAUGGAGUGUAAUGAAGAAGAAAAGGUGAACUUUAGGAGUCUAGUAGGUCAACUAGGAUGGUUAUCCACAAAUUCAAGAACUGUCUUGGCAUAUGAUGUGUUGGAACUUAGCUGUAAAAUAAAUAACCCUAAAGUAAAAGAUCUGAUUGAGGCAAACAAAUGUCUAAGAAAAGCCCGUACCUUUGAGAGCUGUAUGUACUUCCCAGGACUGGGAGACAGUUUUAAGUUUAAGUUGGUUGUGUACAGUGAUGCUUCUUAUGCCAAUCUCCCUGAUGGAUUUAGUAGUGCUGGGGGCUUUGUGAUUUUCUUAGUGGGUGAAAAUGGAAAUAGUUGUCUUAUACUGGGAGUCAAAGAAAAUCAGAAGAGUUGUAAAAAGCACUCUUGCAGCAGAAACACUAGCAGCCGCUGA